UCAGCUGUUUGUUGAUGGUUGACUUGUUAAGAAAUCUCCGCAAAUUUUUUGAAUUUUUUGCUUUUAGCUAGAUUUGCACACAAAUAUUACCAAUAAGCAAGUUAUCAUGGAUGACGCAGAACUUACACGGUUGGCGAUAGCGGAAAUCGUUCGCGAAAUGGGUGAACUCAAAGAACUCCCAGUGCAGGAGCGCAAGAUCAAUCCGAUAGCAAAGCCAAAUAAACGUUUUCUUGGGCGCACAUUGAAUUCUGUGAUGUCGCACAACAAGCGUGAAAACGAUCGAACUCAGGAAAACUGUCGAAAGAAAUUAAGAGAACUUGACGAAAGGCGUGGGCGAAAGUAUUCUAAAAGUCGUUCUUCCAGCGGGGAUCUCGUUUUGAGUAGUUCAACAGACGGUGAUCGUCGGAGAAACUCAAUGAAACGAAGAAAAAAGCGUAAGAAAACGAUAUCUAGAAAACAAAAAAAAGUAAGAAAAGUGAAAAAUAAAAGCAAAAAACGUAAAUCAAAUAGACGUGAAAACAGCAGCAGUAGUAGCAGCGAAAGUAGUUGCAGUUGUAGUACAAGUAGGAGCAGCGAUCGCAGUAGAAGUAGAAGCAUAAAAAGCUCAAGGCACGAAAAGCCCAUACAAGCACCAGUGACCCCAAAUGAAGAACAGGCUUACUAUGAGCAUGGUGUAAAUGCUGCGCUAGAACUGGAUGCGGCUUUAAUGGCCGAUAGCUAUAGGCUACAUCAAAUACAACAACUAAUGUUAUAUAGUGCACUGAUGGCAGGCAAUGAAGUUGCUGAAGUUAAUGCUUUGCAAGAGGAAUCCCAAAUAAGUGACGUCGAUUUCACUGAACCUCAACUCGAUAAAAAGUCUAUUUCUAGUCAUGCCUCGUCGUUGAACUCAGAAGAUGGAGACUCUGAAUGUAGUGAAAUUUUGCAAAUAAGUUUAUCAUCUGCAACUUCAACUAGUAGCAAAAAUGAUGGUCGUAAAAAUUUGCGAAAAAAGCGUAUGAAGAAAAAUGAGCGCCUGAAGCAAACAGAAUCAGCUGGCAAUGUUAAUGGAGACAUUUUGGAAUUAGAUUCAGAUAGUUCAGAAGCUUCUGCUAGUCCAAACGAUGCAAUACAGGUAAAAAGUGGUGAUUGCAUUUGUAUAGAUUCCGAAACAGACAAUGACACAAAUACUGAUCAACAAAGCGGUUCAGAAAGCUCAACUAGUGAAACACAGAGCGGUAUGGAAAAUAAUACUAAUGAUAUUUGCCACACUGCAGUUGAAACUGUGACGCUAUUAAGCUCUUCGGAUAGCGAAGUUGAAAUCGUAUCUGAUAAUGAUGCUAAAGCAACAGUGCAAGAAGAACAAGGCAGUCAUGCGCCUUGCUUAAUGAAAAUAACUAAAGAGAACCCUAAAGAAACCUUGAACUUGUCGAGCUCGACAAAAAAGAUUGUCGAGCCAGAGAGUUUAAUGUCGCUAGAAAACAACGUGUCCAACACAUUAAUAUCAGCAUUUCCGGAUUGUCCGACAUUGAUCUGCUUAGAGCAAAUGCAACGGAUCGACAGAAUACUAGGCAAAGAAUCGACGGCAGUCCAUGAUGUAAAUACAGAGGCAACAAAGCCUUCACCCUAUUCCCCAACAAUAUGUUCGGUAGAAUCGACACCAUCUAGCGAUGCGAAAAGUAAAAGCGACAUAUCACUGGGCGAAACCGAUGGAAAAUCAAUUUUAUCAAUUCAAACGGCGACGGUUAUGGGUGCCUCUAUGUAUGAAUCAGCAACACUCGACCCACAUAUAGACACAGUUGCAUCGGAUUCACACUCUAAUUCGUCGACAAUAUGCACAGACAAAGCUCUUCCUAGCAAUACGAUUGUGAUUGACAUCGAUGCGGCGGAAGAAUCAAUAGAUUCAUCAAAUAUAUUAAACCCAUCGACUUCAUUUUUACAUAAGAAUGAUAUAUCAUCAGCAGAAAGCUGCGCGUUAGUGUCUCCCACGGUAUAUGCAUCAGAAUCGAAAUCACCUCAAUCAAUUUUAUCAAUUGCAACGGCGACAGUUAUGGGUGCCUCUAUGUGUGAAUCAGCAACACUCGGCCCACAUUUAGACACAGUUGCGUCGGAUUCUCACUCUAAUUCGUCGACAAUAUGCACAGGCAAAGCUCUUCCUAGCAAUACGAUUGUGAUUGACAUCGAUGCGAUGGAAGAAUCAAUAGAUUCAUCAAAUAUAUUAAACCCAUCGACUUCAUUUUUACAUAAGAAUGAUAUCAUAUCAUCAGCAGAAAGCUGCGCGUUAGUGUCUCCCACGGUAUAUGCAUCAGAAUCGAAAUCACCUCUUUCGUCUUCAUUGGAAGAAGGAAAUCACGUCAGCAAUACGACUGAAGUACCUCCAAGCUUUUCGGAUUUUUCUCAAUCAGAUCCGUCACAUAAUGCUUGUUUGGAAGUAUUGGAAUCGCCACUGCCGUUAUUAGCGUUAACUACACCGAUUGUUACAGCAACAAUACAAAAUACAGUUAAUAUACAAAAUGAUAAUAAUUCAACUACUACAUCAGAGCCAAUCAGCGAGCAGAAAUCCUCGUUGGACAAAUCUCCCGAUUCUGCGCCACCGUGAUAGCAAUUAAUGCUUUACCUGAACAUGCGUUGAAGUAGUUUUACUCCAGAUUCCCGUCCGAUUUAACAGUUGAAUUCUACGUUUUCUACCGAGCAACUUCAUUGAAAGUGAUUUGUUGAAAAACUGUUUAUACCUGGCGAUUGUUGUACAAACUAAAAGUUGUCUGUAAUAUCGCCUCAUGUAAACAAGCUUUUACGCUUAUCCUUCUUUGCACCCGCACAAGGCGAAUUCGUACAAGGAGUUCAACGCGAAUUCACCUUGAUGGUGGAAAAGCGAAUUCAUACAAGGUGGUGUUCAAGGCGAAUUUAUACAAGGUGUUCAAGGCGAAUUUAUAC